AUGAAGCUCGUGUUCACACCCCUGACCGCACGGCGGGCAAUGGUCUACUGUGUGCAGACCUCGGUCACACCCCCGGCGUCGCAGACCCCUCGACUCGACGACAAGCUGGUCAAGAAGUUUGGCACCGUGUGGAAGCAGUUUGAGAGCUCGGAAACGGGGUGGAAAAAACAGAUUGUUUUCUGGACCAACAAGAUGCUCGAGCAAAUACCCUAUGAGGAGUGGGGCCUCAAGUCGAUCCCCCGACAGUCGGCGGUUUUGCGUCGUCUCAAGCAGAUCGAGGCCAAGGACGAAAAGGAGCUGUUUGAAAAGAACGAAAAGCUACCUGUGGCAGAACAGCUGCCCGUGGUGCAACUGGAGGACAUUGCUAAGAAGCACCACGAGGAGCUGCUCAAGGUGCCGCUGGUGUUCCCCAACCACCUGUCGACCCCGGAUCAGGCCAAAGCCCAGCUGCUCAAGCUUGCUAUCGACGGAGCCAAACAUCACAGAAAGUACAUGAUCUGGUGCGCCAUUGGAGCUCCACUGACGCUGCCCGUGGCGCUGCUGCCCGUGCUACCCAACCUGCCCGGAUUCUACCUUGUUUUCCGAUGCUGGUCGCACUGGAAGGCCCUGGAGGGUGCCAACCACCUCAAACAUCUCAUCGAGGACAAUCAUUUGGAGUUUGUGUCCUCCGAACAGGUCUUUGACGCCUACAACAAGGCUGAAGACACUCACGUGCUUAAGAACGUGGCAAAACUGGCCGAGGAAGACGGGGUUGCCCCUGCCACUCCGACCUCCAACGAGACGGUGGAGAACUCUCUGCUCGUGGACAACACCAGCAUUGACCAUAUCGUGGAGACGGUACAGCUUCCUGAUCUCGCGGCAGAACUCAAACGGGCCCGACGACAGGUCGUCUACAACAUUGACAAGGAGAUCAAGAAGCGGGAGCAGAAAUAG